AUACACAUCACUAAGAUUAAGAACAACAACACAACGAAAAACCACCGUAAACUGUUAUUUAUUUUGUUGAAUAAAUCGGACGCGGUUUUGGACAGGUAAACUUUCGUGGUCCUCAGAAUAAACCCCGGGCAGUUCGAUGGAUACGCCCUUAAAACGUAGGCAAACUGCCAGAUAGUGGAUUGCAAAAUGUAUGUACACAGCGAGAGGGCGUUGGAAUUAUAAACAAAUAAGAACCGAAUUUUAUUGCUGGCCGCAGAAUGUAGAGGAAGUCAAGGUGUGUCCAAAUCGGGGGUGAUGAGUGGUUCCUGCGGAUCGAUGGCUUUAGCGAUUUCCUAUGAUUGCGAGGCCCAUCUAAACUAAUACAAACCAAAGGUGUAUGGGAACUUAUCUAAAAGUAGCAAAUCAAAUCAAAAAAAAAAGAAUCUAAAUACCGUAAAUUACGUAGAGCAUUAACCCUAGAAGUAAAGCAAAACGCAGCUGGUGCCGGUGUCCCCCAAGGAGAGAUCCCCAAAAGUAUUGUAACAGCAAGUAAAUAAUAACGAAAAAAAACAAAUGGUACGCAGCAGACGCAGUGUGUCCAAGGAAGAUGCUGUCUCUCUGCUCACGGACAGCGGGAUCUCGUUGUCCUCGCCGCCGGCGGCGAGGGAAUCUUCUCCAGCGCUCACCCAUUCGAUCAAGCGGCGAAAGAGCAGCUUGGCCAGCUUGCGAAAUGCCUGUGCGGAGGAGGAUGAGGAAGACGGCGGCGAGCAGGACUCCAAGGACGCCGACUACGUGCAGCCCCUGGCGAAGAAGUCGGCCCGCAAGGGUGAGCCGGUGAAGAGGAAGCACCACGUCUGCAGCCACUGCUCCAAGGAGUUCGGCGGCAAGACCGAUCUGCAGCGUCACAUGCUCAUCCACUCGGACGAGCGGCCACACAAGUGCAAGGACUGCGGCAAGAGCUACCGCCAGGCGGUCAACCUCAAGAACCACAUCACCACCGCCCACGAGCACCGCAAGCAGUUUGCCUGCUCCCAGUGCCCCAAGUCCUUCGCCCUCAAGGAGCGCCUGCGCCUCCAUAUGCGCCUUCACUCUGGCGAGAAGCCGUAUCCGUGCGCCCUCUGCGAUAAGAAGUUCGCCCGGGGAGGCCAGCUGCAGCAGCACAUGGUUUCUCACCACAAGACGAGCAUCCAGCAGUUCAACUGCACCAAGUGCUCGGCCAGCUUCUCAACUAACGCCAAUCUCCGAGUGCACAUGGAGCGCCACGAGCAGGGCAUGGAGCACCGGUGCGGCAUCUGUGAGAGCCAGUUUGCCAACGAGCUGGCCCUGCGAGCCCACAUCAACCAGGAGCACCACAAGCUGACGCAGUUCGAGUGCGAGAUUUGCCACAAGAUGAUCGAGCCGGACGAGGAUCUGGCCACCCACAUGCAGAAACACGCGGCGGUCAAGACGCACGUGUGCGAGGUGUGCAACACGUACUUCACCCAGAAGAGCCAGUACAAUGUCCACAUGCGGAUGCAUACGGGAGAGCGGCCCUACCAGUGCAGGAUCUGCCACCAGACCUUCGCCCAUUCCAGCGUUCUAAAGCUGCACAUUCGGAAGCACACGGGCGAGAAGCCCUUUCGCUGCCAACUCUGCGAGGACGACGUGGCCUUUUCGCAGCUGGCGCACCUUAAGAACCACAUGAAGAAGAUUCACAAACAGCAGAAGCCUUACAUGUGCGAUGGCUGCCACGAGUUCUUCAAGAUCAAGGUCGAAUUGCAGGCGCACGCGGAGCAGUGCGCCAAGUGUCCUGCGGGUGGAGACGAGUCUGCCGGCAGUCAGUCUGAAGACGCCCAGGUCCUCUCAACCAUUCGAUUUAACAUGGCAGUGGUGCUGAAGAAGAUUAGCUCCGCUCAGAAGCUGCGCCAGUUGGGUUACGAGAAGCGUCUGAUCGAUAAUGUGAUCAUUGCAUCCCUAAAGCUGGCUCAACGACCCUCGCACGACGAUGCCACGAUGACGCCUUUGGCCAGGCUCCGGAUGAAUGUGGAGGAGUUCCUCAAAUGGAUUGUGCCAGCACCUACAAUGAAGAAAUUCAGCGAAGAAUUAUUGUCGAUUGACACGAUUCUUGACAAGAUUGCCACCAUGUACAUGAAGCAGAAGUAGAAAUCAGGAGUUGCUAAUCAACGCAAAAUGGAAGUGUGCCAUAGGAUGAUUUGUAGAACUAGUUCUUGCCAUUUAGUUUAGUGUCUAGUAACCCAAAGUUGCAGAACGAAACCCAACCAAAUAACUUAUCCCAAAGAUACAUAUUUACUUUGCAGUACUGAUCAUAUUCAUGACUUAAUUUACUUUAAUCCCAAUUUUGCUGAUACCAAAAAGAAUGUAUUUUGAAAAAUGAA